CGCGCACAGACUCCCAGUGAAAGUGGGCAACGCGCAAGCGCGAGACUGGUAAACCAUGGCGGACUCAGGAAGCGAGGAAAUAGCGGUGAUUGGAAACACAGAUCUGACUCCUUCAGAGUCUGAAAACAACUUAAAGAACACGAUGGUUGAAAAAGGGACAAGUCUUUUGAAGAUGAUUGAGAUCAGUGUGGCUGAAGCAGAGAAGAGGACCGGGAAGAAUGCAGUCAACAUGCAGGAGACUUAUACAGUGUAUCUUAUAGAGACGAGGCCAGUGGAUGCUGCAUCAGAAGGGACCAAUCCUGUCCCAGAUUCACUGUGGAGGCGUUACAGCGAGUUUGAGCUCCUUAGAAACUAUUUGUUAGUCACCUAUCCAUUUUCAGUGGUUCCGCCAUUGCCUGAAAAACGGGCUGAAUUUGUUUGGCACAAGCUGUCAGCAGACAACAUGGACCCUGACUUUGUGGAGAGGCGUAGGGUGGGACUAGAGAACUUCCUGCUCCGUGUGGCCUCACAUCCAGACCUGUCCAGUGACAAGAUCUUCUAUUUGUUCCUCACUGAGGAAAAUGGUUGGAAGGAAACCGUGUUUGAGACGGGAUUUCAGGCGAAGGCCGAUUCAAGAUUAAAGGCUUUAAAUGCCACAUUCAGAGUAAAGAAUCCAGACAAGCGAUUUGCAGAAAUGAAACACUACGGUGAUGAGCUGCAGUCUGUUAUUUCGCAGCUGCUGAGAGUUCGGGCGAGAGCAGCUGAUCGCCUGUAUGGAGUCUACAAAGUGCAUGGAAAUUAUGGAAGAGUCUUUAGCGAGUGGAGUGCCAUUGAGAAAGAGAUGGGAGAUGGGCUGCAGAGCGCCGGCCAUCACAUGGAUGCGUAUGCUGCUUCUGUCGAUGAUAUUCUAGAGGAAGAGGAGCAUUAUGCUGAUCAGCUGAAGGAGUACCUUUUCUACGCAGAUGCAUUAAGGGCAGUGUGUAGGAAGCAUGAACUGACACAGUAUGAACUAGAGAUGGCCGCCCAGGAUCUGACCUCUAAGAAACAGCAACGGGAGGAGCUCGCCACAGGGACGAUACGGACCUUCUCUCUGAAGGGAAUGACCAGUAAACUGUUUGGACAAGAGACCCCAGAGCAGAGAGAGGCCAAGCUGAAAAUGCUGGAGACACAGAUUGAAGAAGGAGAGGAACUGGUCAAAGAAAGAAACGCAGAAUGCGAGGAGUUUGUGAAAAGUGCAUGGGUGGACAUUGAGAGGUUUAAAGAGCAGAAAGACCACGAUCUCAGAGAGGCUCUCAUCAGCUAUGCCAUCAUGCAGAUCAGCAUGUGCAAAAAAGGAAUUCAAGUGUGGAACAACGCUAAAGAGUGCUUCAGUAAGAUGUGAGGGUUCCAGCCACGACAACCAGAACACCAGGAGGCCUUGGAGAUGUCAAUCCAGAAAAGCACACCCUCCUAGAGACUGACCUUGGGGACUAAAGUCUUCCUCUCAAUCCUAAACGAUUUUCAGUCUCUUGUGCCAGAUGCUCUGGUGUAAAUAGGUAUCAAUUACAAUAGUUUAGGAGUCCAAAUAAUGAAUGAAUGGGGUGCUGUUUUAUUUAUUUCCAUGUUCAAGAGCCAGAUUUUAGACCUGGUUACUUUUGUUACUGCACUAAUUUGACCUACACAAGAGUUUGUGAAGGUAAUGGAGAAUUCUUAAC